UCAAGUUGCAGGUGUGCACUGGACAUAAUAUUCAUACCAAGGUCUCCUCUUUGUUCGACACCCCAGCACAACUUGCUUCUGACACGGUUCGGUUCGUCAUCUUCACCACGUGUUCUUGCUCUCUUAUUGAUCAUCACUGUUAAUUUUGUGUAUGAUAAAUUAAUAUUGUAAUGUUCGGUGGACUAAAGAUAUAUUAUUUGUUGAGAAAGUGGAUUUGGUAUGGAGCGGCACAAGUUGGUGUCCGGAACUAUGAGGUCUCAAGUUCGAUGCUCAUCAAUCGAAUCCGUGCCCUUUUUACUUAGCUUUAUUAUUUCUACUCUUAUAUUAGAUCAUAUGCCUCCCUUAUAACCGAAAAAAUAUAUAUUAUUUGUUAAAAUAUUAUUCUUUUUCCUUAAAAAUUAUUGUUCUUAAAAAAAAAAGUCUUAUUUCCUUCAUGUUCAUUAUUGUUCAAUGCUAUAUAUACCGAUAUAGUACACUGAGCAGUGACCUUUCCCAAACCACUACAUAAAGACCUUUGCCAAAUUCGGCUUUCAAACACCUACGGCAGCUUGCGGAAUUUGCCAAUAGCUUGCUAAGACGAUAACUCGUGAUCAAUUAAUGGAGCGAACUAACAUGGCGGGGGGAGACGCUAAAUUUAUGGUGGCUCCGAAGGGUUGCACCGAGCUAGAAUUGGACUGCGAGACCGUGAUAGAGAUCGGAGACAUAGACAAUAUCAGCUCGCAAUUUGGUAGUGGAAGAGGAGGAGGAGGAGAUCAUAGAAUGAGAAGGGUUAAUUACGUGAACUCGCUCUCGGCCCGUCAGAUGGAGUCCUUGACCGCUCUCUGCGACACCUUCUUGCCCUCUGUUGAACCUCCUGCCAGCGUCUCCUCUGACGAUGAGUCCAUGGCUGAGUUCUACCGGACUUCUGCUUCGAUGGCUGGAACUCCUGAAUUGGUAGGAGGGCUGAUAAGCGAGAGGCUGAGACACCCGAAGCUGUGGCUUCUGAAGUUGGCGCUGUGGGCGCUGUCGACGUGGAUCGGGACGCUCGUCAUGUGCGGCUGUUUGAGCGUUACUUGUGACUUCCCCUUCUUCCACAGCUUCCCUCAGCUCCCGCUGCAGCGCAGGGAAGAGAUCGUGAUCGCCUGGUCCCUUAGCUGGAUUCACAUCCUGAGGGUACUCGCCAAGUCCAUCAAGUUCCUCACCCUCCUCGUCUUUUUCACUCAGGUAAAUGAAAAGGAAGAGAACCUCUCCUGGAAGGCAAUUGGAUACUGUGGGCCCGACCCAGAGUUUAAGACCCGAGGGUCACGACCCGAGAGGUCGAGCCAAGACGAGCCCGAACAUUUGGAACCUGAGGUUGAACUGGGGCAGGAUGAUCCCAAAGAGGAAAUGUUUGGACCCCUUUAUAAAGGUCUUGUUAACAUGACACACCCGAGGGAGAUGGUAGCAGAUACCCUCCGGAAAUCUGGAUUUCCUGUUGGCGUAUGCCCGUUAGAGUACAACACGCCCAAGCUGUGCCUUCCGUCACUCAGCAUCCGAUGUGAUGUCGUCGUGGUGGGGUCGGGCUCAGGUGGUGGUGUUGUGGCCGGUGUGCUAGCAAAGGCAGGGUACAAAGUGCUUGUCCUAGAGAAGGGAAACUAUCGUGCUAGGUCUAACCUUUCACUCCUCGAAGGACCGACCAUGGACCAGAUGUACUUGUCCAGCGGCAUGCUGGCGACCAAGGACAUGAGCACAUUGAUCCUUGCCGGCUCAACAGUCGGUGGAGGAUCCACGAUUAACUGGUCUGCCUCGAUUCGAACCCCUCAGCACGUGAUGGAUGAGUGGUCUGACCAGCACAACCUAGAACUCUUCGGCAGCAAGCUGUAUCGGGAAGCAAUGGAUGUCGUAUGCAAGAGGAUGGAAGUGCAGCCAGAAGUUGACGAAGAAGGUUUCAAUAACGCGGUACUAAGGAAAGGUUGCCGAGAGUUAGGUUACCCCGUGAACAACAUUCCCCGGAAUUCUGCAUCGGACCAUUACUGUGGUUGGUGUUGCUUGGGCUGCAAGGAUGGGAGGAAAAAGGGCACCGCUGAGACAUGGCUCAUGGAUUUGAUUGGUUCGGGCAAUGGGUUGAUUCUCCCCGGGUGCGAAGCUGUGGAAAUCAUGCACGGGCCUGGAAAGGGAGGUAGGGGUCGGAGCACAGCAAGAGGAGUCCUCUUCGAGUUUGAGUGCAAUGGGACAAAAGAGAUGUGCAUUGCCGAGUCGAAGUUCACUGUUGUAGCCUGUGGAGCUCUUAGCACGCCGGCUUUACUAAGAAGAAGCGGCUUGAUGAAUCCCAACAUUGGAAGGAACUUGCAUCUCCACCCUGUGGCAAUGGCUUGGGGGUAUUUCCCCGACACAGGUUCGCCCGGUCAGUGGCCAGAGACAGAGAAGAGGAGCUAUACGGGAGGGAUAAUGACGGCAAUGUCCACCGUGGCAGCGAAUCUUGACCGAUCAGGAUAUGGAGCAGUGAUACAGACUCCGGCACUGCACCCUGGAAUGUUCUCAGUCCUGAUGCCAUGGGCCUCGGGUCUCGAUAUAAAGGCCCGUAUGUGCAAGUACGCCCGGACGGCUCAUAUAUUUGCACUUGCAAGAGAUAGAGGGUCAGGAACAGUCUUGUCUCCGGACUUGGUUACUUACCGGAUGGAUGCAACCGAUGAGUUGAACUUGCAGAAGGGGCUUGAUAAGGUACUAAGGAUACUAGCAGCAGCGGGGGCAGAAGAAAUCGGGACCCACAACUCCCGGGGGAAGACACUGAAUGUGAAGCGGGCAAGCUCGCAUGAGUUCGAGAAAUUUGUGAAGGAAGAGAGCUCGAAACCGCUAAGGAACCUCUCAGCCCCAGUCAGCUCGGCCCAUCAGAUGGGGAGCUGCAGGAUGGGGACCGAUCCCAAGGGAUCAGCCGUGAACCCAAUGGGUGAGACAUGGGAGGUGGAGGGACUGUACGUGGCAGACACAAGCGUAUUCCCGACAGCUCUGGGCGUGAAUCCGAUGGUCACAGUCCAGGCAAUUGCUUACUGUACCGCGCAAUCCGUUCUCGAAUCUCUUAGGCGGAAGAAAGAACGAUUAAUUUGAUUGAUCCUAGGUCUGUUUAUGUGUUUGUUCUUUGCUUGCUUCCCUCUUUUACUUCUGGAAUAGUAAAUCCCACUGUCCUUCGAUAAUGGCUUGCAAUAUAAGGAGGUGUGGAAUUGGUACGAA